CUGAGACACCUGCCUCAGUAAACAUACACGUCUCUCAGUCAAUCUCCCCUUCCACCUGGCAGGCUGUCCCCGCCUCUAUGCAGAAUACUGAGACAGAGAGAAGUGUGGCUGUGCAUGUCUUAGGAGGGAAGCACUGACUAUGGAGAUCCCCUGUACACACUGGCUGGACCCCAGAACCCCUCUCUUCCUGCUUUGCAUGGUUCCAUUGCUGUGUUUCGCGAAGGAGACCACAUCCAUUUCCAAAGAAACCAAGCAACCAUUUUUGUACGAGGAUUUUGUUAGGCUUCACAACUUGCCAAAAUAUGCUGCUGACUCAGACAUUUCUGUGGAAUAUAUGUGCACCAGGCCUUGCACGAUCCACGUCGAUAUCAUGGCUUCGUCCGAAUUCAAGACAGGAAUUCUAGUGUUCAAAAAUCGUUGGAAAAACAAAAAAUAUCUCAGAGAGACGCGGACACGUACAGUGAGCUUGGUGUUUCCGAGCAUCACGGUUUAUCGUAGUGACUAUUUUUACAGAAACUCCAUUGAUGUAUAUUACUCGGUUGUCAGAGCCUGGGUGGUGCACAAUGACAAUGUAAGAGCAGGUGCAAAAUACAGCGAAAAUAUUUUAAACGCGACAGCGAAAACCUUUGCUGUGUUAGAACAAAUUCCACUUCUUCAACGUCCUUACAGAGACCACCAGAUAUGUUUAUCAUGGUAUUUUGAAGUUACAUGGAUGAAAAGAGAACACUCAUUUUUUACCUGCCCGUAUGAAACUGAUGCAGUGAAAGUGCUUGAUUUUCCACUUGCAUCCAGCAGUGAGCACAAUGGCAUUAUCAUGAUGUUCGAUAGAUUUAGGAACAGGGAGCUGGAGUUAAGAAGACAGCAGCUCACGGACAAUAAUGCAAAAUUUACAUUUUCAGCCUGGAUCUUUUUGUUAGAUUUUUGCCCUAGCAAGGAAUGUGGAAUCAUCCACCACGUUGAUUCUAAAAAAAUGUACACCACCCCCUUGUUGUUUCUAAAUGAAAAAGGUCAAGUUCAUGUUCAGGUACAACUUGUUACUGGAGUCGAUGUAGCCAUGUUGGCCAAUCUCCAGAUUCCUCUCUAUGAGUGGUUUCGGCUUGACAUGACCGUUUACGGAAGAAAGAUAAUGAUGGCAACACAUACAGGAACAGACCUGCAACGUAAUAGUCAUCAAACCUUCAAUGUGGCAGACGACAUCUAUUUCGAUGAUACCUCUGGAUUUAUGGUUCUUGGAGGAAGCAAGUACGUACUUGGGAUUGAUGGUUUCUUUGGACCUGUCAAAUAUUAUCGUCUAAGGAAUUUGGAAAUAGAUGAGAUUUCAAACUCACUACUACAAGAAGGUAUUUAUCAACUGAUUGCUGGAUAUUAUCAGAGGUGCGCUACUGCUCAGGACAUUAUGAGAUAUUACUCCGAUGUAAUAUGGAAGACACAUGAAUCUCAGACUGAAGAUACUUCGAAGAACGAUUAUAUUGAACUCUAUUCUAAACAUGGACGUAAAACCACCUGCCCUGGGAUACCUUGGAAACAAGAGGAACGACAGCAAUUUAGCCAUUUCAUUAACUUCCUAAAAAGCAUAGAUUUAUCAGCAGAUUCUACUACUGACAUUUUACUGGAUUUGGGGAGAGAUCUGUAUGAAAGUAGCUUAAAUAAGCUGCCAUUCGGUGUCCACCAUCUUGGUACUGCUCUUCCUUCCUUAGUGGAUGCAAGCUGCUUGGGCUAUCACAAAGCUUCCUACCUCCUGGCUGUGAUGAAUGAAUUAGGCCUCGGUGUGCCUAUAGAUCCUGCCCAGGGUUUAUUAUAUAGCCUGGUCGGAGCACAAGCUAGUGAUAGGCUUACUUUACUCAAACUUGGAUACAGUCACUUCCAAGGUGUUAAUAACUAUCCGGUGGAUUACAGCGUUUCAUAUGCUUAUUACAUGAGUAUCGCAAAGAAAACCCCAAAAGAUCGAUGGACAAAACAUGAACAGGCAUAUGUGGAAGCCAUAAGACUAAUGGACGAUGAUAUGUUGAAAGAACAAACCAGAGAAGAUGAUGAUUUAUUCUUGUGGCUUAAACAGAACGCAGAACGAGGGGAUGCGCGGGCUCAGCACAGAUUGGCACAAAUGUAUUUUUGGGGUCAACAAGGUGUAACUAAGAAUACUGAUGCAGCCGUACAAUGGUAUGAGAGAGGCGCACUGGAGAAUAAUGAUCCGGUGUUAAUGUACGAUUAUGCAAUCCUCUUAUUUAAGGGUGAUGCUGUUCCGAAGAACAAGAAACUUGCUUUGAAGCUGAUGAAGAAAUCGGCUGCUAAGGGACAGAAUGAAGCACUUAAUGGGCUGGGAUGGUAUUACCAUACGUUCAGAAAAGACUAUGUGAAAGCUGCCCGAUACUGGAAGAAAGCAUACAUUAUGGGCAAUGCAGAUGCAGCAUUCAACCUUGGAAUUAUGCACCUCAAUGGCAUAUAUCCCGGAGAACCUGAGAUCAACGAAACGCGUGCUUAUGAAUUAAUAACCAGAGCAUCAGAAGGGGGACAUAUUGAAGCAACUAUACACUUAGCACAAUAUUUAUUCACUGGCAGCUUGAAAGGUGUUGCGAGAGAUCUCGAGGCAGCCAUACGGUGGGCGAAGAUUGUGGCCGAGCAGAAUGGACUCAUCGGGCAUGUCAUUAGAAAAGCUUUGAACGCCUAUCUGGAUGGGUCUCUAAAUGAAGCGUUUCUUUAUUAUGCAUUAACUGCCGAGGCUGGCAUUGAAGUGGCGCAGACAAACUUGGCAUAUAUCUGUGAAGAAAUUCCUGAACUGACAAGACUACAUGCGUCUAAUUGUGUCUGGAGAUACUAUAAUUUUUCAGUACACCAGAAUAAUCCUUCAUCUUUUGCUUUAUUGAAGAUGGGAGACCUGUAUUAUUUUGGUAGCAGAAAUCAUCCCAGAAAUGUAGAUCUAUCUGUAAGGCACUACACAGAAGCCGCCCUGCAGGGUGAAGCCCAGGGAUAUUAUAAUUUAGCACAACUUCUUCAAGAAGGGAUUUCUAUACCUGAACGCUUUUUACAGUAUUUGGAGAUUGACCAGUCUUUUUAUGGAAAUAAUGAAUCUCUUGUGAUGGAAUUGUAUGAAAGGUGCCAGAGUCACAGUAAUGAGGAAGUGAUAAGCCCGUGUUCAUUGGUGUUACUUUAUCAGCACGUUACUGCUGCAUGGAAACUGAUCCUUCACUCAGCCAUGAUCUAUGUGUUGGGUUCUUUUAUUCUCUCCCUGGCAGUUACAGUCUUUGUGCGAUGUAUUCAUGUUGGACAAGAAAUGUCUGAAUCAUCCGAAAAUUCCAACAAUAUGUCUGACGGGGAGAACAGAGGAUCUUCUGCCUUGGCACAAUCAAAUUUAGAACUUGCAGGUUUACAGAGAUGGUAUGUGCAUCGUUGGAUUCAGACCAUGGAGCAAACCCUAAGAAGACACAGAGAGUGGCUAAUGACAGCAUUGGUUGCAAGCAUUUGCAUGGUCUAUGUGUCAUUUUUAAUGCAGUCCGUGUGAGCAAAGAAAAGACGCAACACAAUUACUUUCUAACAAACCUCUGUGAAUGUGACUUUAUGAAGAUUCAGAAGUUCUGCUUUCCACAGGAGGCUCUGUCCUACAAAAACUGACAUUUCCGGCCCUCCGGAAACAACUUUAUAUAGUUUCAUUUUUAUUUAUGCAUUUCAGUGUGGUCUCUAUGCUGCAAUUCUUGUGGAAUGUUAUAUUUGUUUUGACUCUUAUUUAAUACCAGACAUUGUUGCAGGUUAUGUAAAUAUGCAGGUUAAGUAAAUAUUUAAUAGGCAGAAUUGUUAAAGGACACUAAUAUGAUUAUCACAUUUUUGAAUAAUGAUUUACAUAAUUAAACCAUCUAAUUCGAGCAAAUUAAUUUUUUACCAGUUCUAAUUUUUAACCAGGACUACUGGUUCUUGUUAGACCAUAAAAGAUAACACACCAAAACGCCAUGCACAGUAGAGCAAACCACUAGCACUGAAUUUAUCAUGUAAAAUGAUAGGAUACCUUUGUAUGUGUCAUGACUACAGUACAAAUCGCCCCUUGGCCUGAAUAUCAAAGUACUUAGUGGCUCACUGUACACUAAUUGUGUAACUAGCUAAGCUAAUAAAGUAUAUGGAACAGAAUUUACACAUGGAUAAAUUCUUCCUACGUGGGUGUUGUGAUUAUGGUUUACUGGAAUCUUAUCUCUACAUAAUCAUUUAUGAUUUAACAUAGUAAUUUAGACUGAAAAAAGACUUAAGUCCAACAGGUUCAACAUUUCCAUUAGUGAUCUAACAGAAAGGGUGUUUAAAAUAUUGGUCAAUUAUUUUAGCUCUAAAUAUUUUAGCUGGGCCAAAAAAAAUACAUUGUUUUAAUUUCAAGAAAGCAAAUUCCAUAUCUUUAUUGUUCAUUCUGUAAUGAUUUAGGUAAAAUCUCUUUUCAUUAAGUCUUCGUGGAUGAUCUCAUUAUCUCCUUCUAUGCAAAAUUGGAAAGGACUCCCAGGGUCCCAAUCUGAUUCAAUGACCACUGUUCAGACCUUGUUUUACAUUAUCCUCUGUGGAAACUCUGAUAAGAAAUUCAAAGAUCAUUCUCUUACACAGCUUACAAGUUAACCAUUUACAUGCUGCAUGCAAAUAGAAAGUUGAUGU